AGCAUUCUACAUUCUCUAUUGGUUCUGUCAUGUCAUCACUUGCAGUAUCAGAUGAGAUUGUAAAUAUAAUGCGGGCGUCUACUGCAGAACCCACCUGAUUACCUGGAUAUGAUCUAACAACGGUACCUCUACCGCCAACAUGACGAUCCAACUUUCUUUGUACGAAAUAAAUAAAGUAACCGUACCACCGACGGGGACACCAAACAGAGAAAGAAUACCCGUUCUGACAUUGAGACUCGUCAGCAUCACUCUGCUGGUGGCGGUGUUGACGAUGCACAUCCGAUCCGUGAGGGUGUUCCGCUGGGAGCAGUCGGUGUCCGGGGGAGUGCUGGUCACGUACUGCCUGGCAAUGACCGGGCUGGCGUUGUGUGCCGGAGCCGACUGCUGUGAUGGCAAGGCCUUGCAGGCAUACCUAUGCAGCACCGGGGCAGCUAUGCUUUUGGUCAACGCGGGAGCCAUCUGGCAUCGCUGGCGCCGCUCUGGAGAACUAACACAUGUAGUAGCUGAGCUCCUGUUUGCUUUGGGUGUAUCACUUCGACGCCAGAUCAUGAUCAAGGUGAUUCUGAGUGCAGCGGCCGCGAUAUGUCUAAUGUUAGACUUAGCUUUACUUCCAAUCAUAUCAUUUAUAAACACUGGACCCGAAAAAUAUGUUCUCAGUUUAUGUAUUUCUUUGUUACGUCCUCUUUCUCAGUCAGUUUAGUGUUAGUAGGCUGAAACCCUUUUACAUAGCAUCAAAAUUAUCAUAGCCAGCUAAUAAGUACCUCCUACUGACCAAAGAUCUCUUCUCGCACGGAUAAGGUUUGAGCAUUAAGCACCACGCUUGCUGAAUGCAGGUUGGCGAUUUCUAACUAAUCCUUAUAUAUUAUAAGCCCAGGGUUAUAAUUCCUUAGUAUUAGUCAAUCACACAGCUUUUCGCACUCUGGCGAUAAAUAACUAAAGUUCUCUUAGUGUCAUUGUGUAAAAGUGUAACUGCAAAGAAUGAUGGUACCCUUUGUACAUAAUACCUGGGUUAAUCCUAUCUACUUAUGUAACGUUAUUGACAAAUCAUGUUCGUGUAAAAUCCCCUUGCGACAGUUACUGCGACGUGAUGGAACAUUUGUUUAUGUUGUGGAUUCGAA